GGAGGAAGUAGGCGGCGGACGUUGCGUGAGGUAUUUUCAAAGCUCAAACAGAUGCUUUACGUUUAAAGUUUGUUUGUUUGUUUUAAUUAACAGCUAAAGAAAAUCCGAACCCCUAUUUUGUUUUCAAGAUAGUCUUUUCCAGGUUGCUGUUGCAGCGCAGGAAAGCACAGUGUGAAGAAGCUGUGAGGACACCAUGUGGUGGUUCCAGCAGGGUCUCUGCCUCCUGCCCGCUGCUCUGGUCGUUUGGACGGUGGCAUCCUUCGUCUUCGCCUACAUCACAGCAGUGGUGCUGAGACAUGUGGACCCUCUGUUGCCUUACAUCAGUGACACAGGAACAUUGGCACCGGAGAGGUGUGUGUUUGGGAUCAUGAUGGAUGUUUCAGCUUUUUUAGGCAUUGCCACGGUGUAUGUGCGUUACAAGCAGGUGGAGGCUCUUCUCGAUGAUGAGGUCAAACUCCAAAGACUGAACUUCUUUGGGUUAGUUUUCGGCUGGAUGAGCUCUUUCGGGAUGUGUGUGGUGGCCAGCUUCCAGAAGACAGCCUUUUUCCCCAUGCACUUGGUGGGGGCGAUUUUGACAUUUGGUGUCGGAGCGAUCUACAUCCUGGUUCAGACGCUGCUGUCGCAUUACAUGCAGCCUCACAUCCACAGCAAGACCACGUUUGUGGUUCGCCUCAGCAUCCUGGUCUGGACCUUGGGCAGCAUCAUCAGCAUGUUUGUAUCAUCAGUCAUCAUGUACAGCAGUCUGUCAGGAGUGGAUGUACCCCGUAAGCUACACUGGAUCCCAGGAGAACCGGGCUACGUGCCGCAUCUUGUCAGCACGGUAUCUGAGUGGUUCCUGGCCUUUUCCUUCAUCAGCUUCUUCCUCACUUACAUCAGAGAUUUUCAGAAAAUAAACUUGCGAGCAGUAGCAGUUUUCGAGAGCAGCCAUCUGUACGAUGGGACUGUCCCACCUUCUCGUCAGAACAGACCGUCCGAAACUUCUCCACUGCUGGCAGGAACAACGUGACACAAAAUGCAGCUGCAGCCGAGUCUGCUUCAGAUUUGCUUUGCUUGUUCUUAACAAAUUUGAAGUUUGUUUCUAUAAAGAAUAUGCAGAGAAUUUUAAGGGGUCAGGGCAUCAUGACUUCUCCUCUGUCUUAUUAUACUAGAUAUAGUCAGAUACUGAGAUUCGGAAGCGAUCUGACUCUAAGAAUUGCUCAUCUGCUGUAAUCUGCAAAAGGUAGCGUUUAGUUUGAGCUGCUCACACCAAAAGUAGGUCUUUGUAUUGUUUUUCAUAAGAGAUCUCCUAAUGGGUACAAUAACUAAAACCUGUGAAACCAAACAAGCAAGUUGUUUUUAUUAUUUGUGCUUCACUAAACUGACAAUCACAAUGCAGAUAUUUAUUCAGUUGCACUAUUCUCAACAUAUCUGUAUCAUGUUGCAAAGCAGUGCUUACCUAACUGAUUACUUAGCUUACAUUUUAAAUAAAUAGUAUUAAACUAUUAAGUCAUUUAACUACAGCUAUUAACUAUUGUCUCAGACCCUGUUGUAAGCCAUAACUGGCCUGGCAAAACUGUAUCAAAAAGUAUUCAUGGAUUUCUUACAUUUUUAAUAAAUGUAUAUAUUCUUUCUAAUCUUUAUUGUGUUUUCUUUUUCUUAUCUGAGCAUAGACUUUAUUAAUUUAGGAAUUAUUGGUGUUGGUAUUCUAACAUUUACAUACCAGCUGUCAGUGAGUAUGAAUAAAUGUUUUAUUUGCACUGUAAUGCUAGUGGGAUAUGACUCCUUUUUAUGAUAUAUUUAGCACUGAUCACAUUUAUUUGCACCUGUGGUAAAGUUGUGUAAUAAGUCAUCAAAUUAUUUAAUAUUUUAUUGCAGUAGCAAUAAAAACUGUUGAAACUUUCAACAUUUUAUUUGAGAGCACAUGUUCAAUACAGAAAAAGAAAUUACAUUUUAAGACAAAAAUAAGUUGUGAUUCAAUUAUCAUUUCCAAUUUAUUUAUUUCAAUACCUUUUACACAAUAGUCUUUAUAUGCAUGCUUGUACAGGUAGCAUGUGUCUGGGUAAACCUCAGUCUGAUAGGGUUAUGCUGCAAAGCUAAAAUAACAGUGCAAAUCACUUCAACUUUGAAGUUAAAGGCAACUUCAAAAUUAAUCCUGAGGUUUCUUUUUUAAAGAAAAUAAGUUAAUCUAUUUCCUCUGCAAACUAGAACAACUUUGAAAUACUACAUUUUAUUGACUGAAAUUGAAUGUUUUGAUGCACUACGAACAUGAUUAGGCUUGUAGCUCUUGAUCUGUAAACUUAGGUGUCAGGUUAAAAACAAGUGAGUUUAUAUAAACAUUUUAAUUCGCACUACCAUCAAGUCAUUUAUGCACACUAUUUAGAGUAAAACAAUAUGUUAUAAAUAAAAGGAUAAUACACAAUGGAAACAAGUAAAAUAAGUUAAUAUUCCCGUACUAAAAUAAUGCCAUACAAAAGAAAGCUGAACAUCCUUUUUUAUUUUGUCAUAAAACUAUUACAUUUCUAAUGCAGAUUAAAUAUUUGUUUCCGCUGUGGUAAUUCUGUUUUUAAAUGCAGAACUUCUAUUCGGCAGACAGAUUUAAACUUAAUUAUGGAUCUUACAUUAAAUAGUUUCUCCACUCACACCUUGCCCCAAAACUCAGCAGCAAUAAUCAAAUAUAUAUUACAGUAUAUUUCUUUUAAAGUCACAACAUCUGGAGAAUCUGGAGAAGCAGCUUUGUAAGACACAUAAAAUUAAAAUGCUCCCCUCUCUAAACUGUGUGGUAACUUAGUAGAACAUGUUGCCAUAACUGCCUCCAUUCAAAAGGGGAUCAAAUGCGUGUUCUCCAGAAUAACCCAUCCAGACAUAAACUUACCAUUUACACUCUUCAAGAACCAGAGCAGUGGGGCUCUUUACCAUCUUUACUGAAGUUAAUUUUACAUUUAAAGCUCUGACUUAAUUACACUCAAAAUAUAAGUUCCUUUUUAUUUGUGAUUAAACAUUACAUUACUUCUCUUGCUUCCUUGUUUAGUUCUAAAUUUACACAAUGUAAAUAAUGCAGUAAACUAUUUUACAUUCUAAAAUGCAACAAUAAAAUUGCAGUUAUUUGCAUAUAACCUGCAAGCAUAGACUGCAAGAAAAAGUAAUCUAAAAGAAUA